AUGCUUCCCGCCCUGGACACUAUAUGGCAUUCACCCACACUCUUUACUUCCAUUAACUCUCCUGCUCCUUUCAACGGCAAGGUCCUAGCCCAAUGCCCAAAGUCUUCCAGUAGAACACAGAUUGAGAGACAUCGCCGAACCACUCGAUGCAUCUACAAGCUUCGCUUACAGCCUUCCAUAGAUCCUCUCUACAGCAAGCCGGUGAUUGACAGCGAGACCGACGAGAUCUCCCCAGGUCCCCAUCACCACGUUGCGGGGCACUUUUCUAACACGUCCACUCGCUUCAACUUCUACUUUCCGCCAAAAGAUGCCUGGGGCGGUCGUUUCUUCCAACUCGCCUACCCUACGCAGUCCGCGAAUGCCACUGAGGAAACCAUUGGGUUCGGGCUAGACAGCAAGGCCUACACGGUCCAAGUCACGGGGUCAAACGGGUUCCGUGCCGAAGCAGCAGCAGCAAGGUAUUCCCGGAUUGUUGCGGCGCGAUAUUAUCGUCUCACAAGCACUCAGCAUAUCUAUGGCUAUGUUUACGGCGGCAGCGGUGGCUCUAAUCAAGUUAUUGGGGGUAUUGAGAAUACAGUCGGCGUCUGGGACGGCGCUGUGGCGAUGGUCCAAGCCGUGCCGAUUUCCGCCCCCAACAGCCCAUCGAUCAGGGCAAUGGCGGGUUUAGUUCUACGGAACAGGAAGACCGAGAUUCAGGAUUCCCUUAAGCCCGGGGGUAGUGGAAAUCCUCUCUCAAUACCAUCAAUGACGGAGCUCGAGCGAAGCAUGCUGAUUGAAGCCACAAAGCUUGGUGUCCCCAUCCGUGCUUGGGAACAGUAUGAUGAGGUCGCUGACAGUUCACAUCUGAACAUUCUGAGGAAUACCAUUAUCCAGCCUUCGGACCCUACAUACGUCGAAGAUUUCUGGUUCAAGCCGGGCUACCUCGGAACGGCGGAUAGUGCGCUCGGAAUCGCCAUGAGAGAGGCCGUAGUUGACUUCAAUGCGACGGUAGAGGAUGUUCAGCUUGACAACGAUGGGAAGCUGGUCAGCAUCAGACUCGACACAGUCCCGGAAGCUGUUGCUGACGUAUACGGGUACGACCUGGGUUUGCUUGGAGCCGACGACUUCAAAUUAAAAACCAUCAGCGGCACGUUGUCUACGGCCAACUACACCAUGUUGUUCACCGACUACACUGCCGACGCCAACGAUGCCACUCUUACAAAGUUUAUUGCAAAGGGAGUCAAAGUCCACAUCGACAACAAGUCCUCUGUUGCAAUGCACUCAUAUUACAGACACCAAAUCCCGGAACGAGCAGGAUUCUACGGAUUCGACCAGUUCCGGACCGUCAAUGGCACGAACUACCCCCAACGGACCCCUGACACGUCCAGGUCCCUCGCCAGAUCCGUCUCUGGCGGUAAUCACACUGGCUCCAUCGGAUGCAAACUCAUCAUCGUUCAGAACCUGCUGGACAGCGACGCGUUUCCGUGGCAUGCCGACUGGUAUCGUUCGCAAGUUAAGCGGCAACUGGGAGAUCGCUUCGAGGAUAAUUAUCGCCUUUGGUACAACGAUAAUGCGGAGCACUUUUACGAGAAAAGGCCUCCACACCGUCUUGCACUCAUUGUGCCGUACAACGGCAUCUACCAACAAGCUCUCCGAGACGUGGCAGCUUGGGUGGAGGAUAGAGUGCCUGCGCCAGAUUCCACGUCGUAUACUGUUUCGGCCGACGACAACUCGGUCCAGGUGCCACCCACAGCGACCGAACGGCGGGGUAUCCAACCGGUUGUUGAGCUUCUUGCGAAUGGAAGAUGCAGCUGUACGGUGAAAGCCGGCCAGUCGGUGACGUUACGAGCAACUGUCGAAACACCUUCCGGGACUGGCAAGGUUGUCAAUGUCGAGUGGGAUCUGACUUCGGAGGGCACCUUUACUGAUGUAGGGCCCGCAUUCACGCCGAACCAGACGGUGACGGUUGAGCACACGGUUGUCUACAACACGACGGGCAACUUUAUCGCUAUUGCGAGGGCGACGUCUCAUCGUCAGGGAGACCAGGGUGCCGUUUAUGCGAGGGUGAUGAAUUUGGCUCGUGUGAAUGUUAUUGCCGAUUCGGCCCACGCUCCUGCUUCCCCUACGAUAAUCAUCCGCCUGCCCUCAGAAUCUUUCACACAACCUUACAUCUCCUCACUUCUGCAACUGCACACCAGCACACCAGCACACCAGCACACCAGCACACGCGCACACGCAUACCCACAUCCACACAUCCUCUCAGAAGAAGUCAUGGACUCCCAAGGCAGCCAAGCGACGAAGAAGCGGAGACUGGAUGAUGGAAACGAAGAUAGUCAAGCCAGUAAGGACGACGGCAGUUCACUCGGCGUGUCUUGGCGUGGUUUCCGUCCUCGGACCAUCGAGUUCGACCAUCAAGCCUCCUGCAGUGAGUUUGAAUCUCGCUUCGCACUCGAGAUCUGGGCGACGGAUGCACAGGGUGUUGAGCGUCAAAUUGGAAAAAUCUGGGAUGAAAUCAACUACGCUGGAGCCGGGAAAGUCAAGGUCAUCGCAAAGAGCGCAAAGAGCGUAUUGAGCGCAUUGAGCGCAAUGCGCGAAACGAGCAGCGACACCCCGGGGUUGGCCUCCGACGAUUACAUAAAGGCAUUCGAAAGCCAUAUGAAAUCACAGCAGACUAUUCAAGAGAAAGCUCGUCAGGAGGAGAAGGCUCGCAAGGAGGAGAAGGCUCGUCAGGAGAAGGCUCGCAAGGAGGAGAAGGCUCGCAAGCAGAAGAAGGAGGCUCUCCGAGAGAAAACACUUGCCCUUGAGGCUCUUCAAGCGAGAAGGAGAGCCCUCCAAGAGAGUGAGAGAACCCUCCAGUAUGAGGAAGAGGCUCUCCAAGAGAAGAUUCAGUCUCUCCAAGAGAAGCAGACUGUUUAG